AAGGGUUUAGCGUCUGGUUGGGCGUCAAUAUUCAGAGGCAGAUUCGGCCAUUAAUUAAUUUCCGUUAUGAAUUGGUUCCUUUGGCAUUCGUUCGUUGCACUUUGCACACUUAAAAGUUCAAGCCUCAUUUCCUCUCUCCGGUACUCGAUCGAAAUUACCACUGUGCCCUUCGUCCCCACCUGCUACCUCCACUGUGAAACCAGACCAGAUCCAUUUUCUGACUCCCUCCACGUUUCCCUUUUUAUUUAACUCUAAGACCCAUCCCUUUUUUCUUCUCUUUCCGAUUCAAAAAACAACAACACUCUACUCUAACUAACCCAUCUUCUUCAUUUCCCGAAACCCUAGAAUCGUAACACAUCCUCCUCGUUCUUUUCCAAUCCCCACAAAGCUUAUCCGAAAUACCGUUGACCAUUCUCCAGUUUUAUCCAAUACCCAUAAAUAAAGUCCCGUUUUUGCUUUCUGGGUCGUGCUUUUCUCCAAUUUUUCAUCUCUCUUAUUCGGUAUAGGAAUGUUGGGUACUGGUUUGAACUUCGGCCGUGCUCGUGGAGAGGAUCGAUUCUAUACUCCGGUGAAGGCUCGCCGGAACUUUCACACGAUGGAGAGUGACAAGUUGCGUAGGGCCCACAGCGACGUCACUGCGAGUCGGUCGUCGCCGUCGGUGAGAGACAAAUCGGUGGAUUCGGUCAGCAGGGAACCCGAGAACCGGGUCGGGUCGGAAGAGACAAAAAAGGUAGUUGCAGUGCCUUCGUGUGAACCGGUGCUGAAACAGUUGAGCAAUUUGGAGCGGUUUUUGCAGGCGAUCACGCCCUCUGUGCCUGCUCAGUAUCUCUCUAAGAGAUCUAUGAGAGGGCUCAAGGCGUGCAAUGGGGAGUUUCAGCCUUACUUUGUUCUUGGUGAUUUGUGGGAAUCGUUCAGGGAGUGGAGUGCAUAUGGUGCUGGUGUUCCGCUUGUACUAAAUGGCAAUGAUAGUGUUGUUCAAUACUACGUUCCCUAUCUUUCGGGUAUUCAAAUUUAUGCCCAGACCAUGAAGCCUUCUGUAAAGUCAAGGCAACUAGGGGAGGAUAGCGACAGUGAUUUCAGGGACUCAAGUAGUGAUGGUAGCAGUGAUUGUGAAGCUGAAAGAGAAUUGAAAUACUCAAGGGAACAAAGGAAUCUUCCCCAUCUGUCAGAUGAGGUACCUCAUUGGAUGGGUAGAUUAUCUUUGAGAGACCAUCCUUCCCUCCCACAAGAUGGAUUUUCUAGUGAUGAUGGUGAAUCUGCCAAUUCUCAAGGCUACUUGAUUUUUGAAUAUCUUGAACGGGACCCUCCUUACAGCCGUGAGCCUUUGGCUGAUAAGAUAACAGACCUUGCUUUUUGUUUCCCUGAACUGGUGACGCUUAGAAGUUGUGAUAUACUAGCAUCAAGUUGGAUGUCUGUGGCCUGGUAUCCAAUUUACAGGAUACCGACUGGUCCAACAUUAAAAGAUCUUGAUGCUUGCUUCCUGACAUACCAUUCUCUUUGUAUGCCUGUAGGAGGUUCACAAAGAUUGCAGCCCCCCAUGCCAUCAUAUCCUACAGAGGUGGACCGUGUCCAUAAAUUGUCCUUACCUGUUUUUGGUCUUGCUUCAUACAAGUUCAAAGGAUCUCUGUGGACUCCUAAUGGUGGAUAUGAGCGCCAAUUAGCCAGCUCUCUUUUGCAACAUGCAGACAACUGGUUAAGACUGCAUCAGGUCAGUCACCCAGAUUUCCUGUUUUUCAGUCGCUGAUGAUGAUAAGGUGACUAUAACUGUUUACUUCACCCAUUUAAGAAUGAGACCUUGGCAUUUGCCAGUACCUCCUUUGGUCCAUUUCUUAGAUGUUAUACUUGAUGAAGUCGGAGUUAAUAACCUGUUUGACAGAAGGAAAAAAAAAAAAAGGAAAAAGAUGCUAAGCUUCGUCCUUUGUAAUUUCCUGCAUUGUUUCCUGUUGUAAUAAGUGAAAGAAUCAGAAAACUAAUGGUAAUAAAGCAGCGAAGCUCUGGACAAGUGGCAGUGUUGAGGCUACUUCAGAAUGUGUUCAUGGUGGAUGUAGAGAUUAACGAGCAGCUUCACAAGUGCUGGCUGAUAUAUGUUACAAGGUUGUUUUGUUUGCUAACAUCAGUGAGUCCAAUGUCAGUUGUUUCAUGUUCAUGUCCAACUAUAUUUUAUUUUGGUUUGGUUUUGUUUAAGAGAACAGGAUGCAUUUUUUCUGUCCUGGUGAUCACUAUAUAGGACUUAGCUUUAAUUUAUUGGGGAAUUUUAUUGGAUUUGGUGUUAGGUGUACUCCUAUGCUUGACUUGCCCCCAACACUGUAUUUGAAAUCUUAUAGUUUCGUUUAUUAGCUGCAUUUUACCUGUAAGAACUCUUUUUUGUUGAGUUUCACGAUACCAAUGAAGGGUUCCUUUGCCUUUUUAGAUAAUGGCAGAAUUCAUGUUGGAAGAAGUGAUAACAAAAUUGAUUUGUAUUCAAAAUGAUAUUUUAAAUUGAGUUUAGAAGAAUUAGUUUUGUUUUGGUGGUAAAAUAAAUCACUUUUGAAUUACGUGUAGAAUUUUAUCUACAAAUAAUUCUACUUAAUGAUAAGGUUAUCAUUUUUUAUUCUU